AUGUCUCCUAAGUUUCUCAUUUUGGUGUUUUUGUAUACUCUUAACACUGUUAAUGCUAGAGAGUUAUCAUUCAAAACGGUUCGUCCAGUCGAUCUUGGUGGUGAGGGAGACGAUAAUGGCGGUGCAUUUGAUGGCAAUGGCAUUGGCACCAAAGGAGGCAUUGACAUUGGAGCUGGUGGAGGCUUUGGUGUGGUGCAAGUGGUGGAAGGUUGGGUAUUGGAGGUGGGGCCAGGAGGUGGUUUGCAAGGAGGAGGAGGUGGUGGCAAUAUUGGCUUAGGAGGUAAGGAUGGGCAGGAUUUGGUGAAGGAGGCAGUGGUGGUGGAGGAGCUCCUUGAAGAUAUUAUACAUCAUCCAAGGGGAUUUGGUCAUGCUCAAACUUUCUGUCACCUUCCUUUAGUUGAUUGCUCUAUGAGUUUGAGGCCAACAAGGGGAGUUGUAGCCAAUCUUCCUCAAGAUAUUAACAUGCAAAUAUGGAGCAAAUCAUUCUCUUCCAACAGCGAAGGCGAUCUUGUUGAUGCUGUCGUCCCUCAUAUGGGUGAAUCUAUAACUGAUGGCACACUGGCAGCUUUCUUGAAGAAACCAGGUGACAGGGUAGCAGUUGACGAGCCAAUUGCUCAGGUUGAAACUGACAAGGUCACCAUUGAUGUCAAUAGUCCCGAAGCAGGUGUAAUCCAGGAGUUUGUAGCUAAGGAGGGAGACACUGUAGAACCUGGCACUAAAAUUGCUGUCAUAUCAAAAUCUGCUGAAGGUGUAACUCAUGUUGCACCAUCUGAUGAUAAGUCCUCUGAAAAAGCUGCUCCGCUGCCAUCUCCUCCUGCUGAAGAGAAAAAGGAGAAGCCUAAGCCUAAAGUGGAAACCGCUCCUGUCACAGAAAAGCCUAAAGAAGCUUCACCUCCUAAACCAUCUGCAACAGAACCCCAACUGCCCCCUAAGGACAGAGAAAGACGAGUGCCAAUGACAAGGCUCAGAAAAAGAGUUGCCACCCGAUUAAAAGAUUCUCAAAAUACAUUUGCAUUGUUGACAACAUUCAAUGAAGUUGAUAUGACUAAUUUAAUGAAACUUCGUUCGGACUACAAGGAUGCAUUUGUUGAAAAGCAUGGUGUGAAGCUGGGUCUUAUGUCUGGAUUUGUGAAAGCUGCUGUUAGUGCACUCCAGAAUCAACCUAUAGUUAACGCAGUUAUUGACAGUGACGAUAUCAUUUACAGAGACUACAUUGAUAUUAGCAUAGCUGUUGGCACCCCGAAGGCAAGACAUCAUUAUUUUUCUCUAUGCAGUUUGAUUUACAAGAAACCAUUUUAUGUGGAGCUAAUGGGACUCGUGGUUCCUGUUCUCCGCGAUGCCGGUGGAAUGAAUUUUGCGGAAGUUGAGAAAGAGAUUAACACCCUUGCUAAGAAGGCAACUGCUGGCACUAUAUCAAUUGAUGAGAUGGCUGGAGGUACAUUUACAAUAUCCAAUGGAGGUGUCUAUGGAAGUCUUUUGAGCACUCCCAUUAUAAAUCCUCCUCAGUCUGCAAUCCUUGGGAUGCACUCAAUAGUGAACCGUCCAAUGGUUGUUAGCGGUAACAUAGUUCCAAGACCGAUGAUGUACAUUGCAUUGACAUAUGACCAUAGGCUGAUUGAUGGAAGAGAGGCGGUUUUCUUUUUGAGAAGGAUCAAAGAUGUUGUGGAAGAUCCUCGCCGGCUGCUCUUGGAUAUAUGA